AGCCGUCCCGGGACUCGCCCCGCGCCAGCCCAGCCGCUCCGCUCCCCGCAGCCGUCGCCCCCUCCGCGGCCGCCAAUGAAAGUCCUCCCGCUGCUCGUGGGUUUCUCCACUUUGCUGAAUUGUUCCUCUGCUCAAAAUUGCACCAAGACACCUUGUCUCCCAAAUGCCAAGUGUGAAACUCGCCCUGGGGCAGCGGAGGCCUGCUACUGCAACCUGGGGUUCUCAGGAAACGGAGUCACCAUCUGUGAAGAUGAUAAUGAAUGUGAAAAUCUAACCCAGGCCUGUGGUGAGAAUGCCCACUGCACCAACACGGAGGGGAGUUACUACUGUAUGUGUGCCACUGGCUUCCAAUCCAGCAGUAACCAGGACAGGUUUAUCACGAAUGACGGGACCAUCUGCAUAGAUAUAGAUGAGUGUAAUGAAUCAGAUGUCUGUGGUGAACAUGCCAUAUGUGAAAACACGGACGGUGGGUAUGACUGCAUCUGCAAAGAAGGGUACGGAACACCCACGGGGAAGUUGAGUUUCACACCUCCUGAUGGCUCUUACUGCCAAGAAUAUGUGGAUGUGAAUUGCCCCCUGGACAAUGCUUGCAUUACUGCCAAUGUUAAUAAAACUUUGAAAAAAAUUGGCCCCAUAAAAGAACCUCUGGCUUUGUUGCAAAUAAUUUAUAGAAAUUCUGUGACUGAACUUUCCCUGAUGGACAUAAUUACUUAUAUAGAAAUAUUAGCAGAAUCAACUCCAUUACUAGGUUACAUGAAUAACACAAUUUCAAGCAAGGACAUCCAUUCUAAUUCAAUGCUUACUGAAUUUGUAAAAACAAUGAAUAAUUUUGUUCACAAGAAUACAUCUAUAAUUUGGGACAAAUUGCCUGUGAAUCAUAGAAGAAUUCAUCUUACAAAACUGAUAGAUACUGCUGAACAAGCCACCUUAAGAAUUUCUCAGAAUUUCCAGAAGACUAUGGAGUUUGAGACAAAUUCAACUGACGUAGCUCUCAAAAUUUUCACGUUUGACUCAUAUCGCAUGAUGCAUACUCACCCUCAUAUGAAUGUGGACGGAGACUACAUAACCAUACAUCCCAAGAGAAAAUCUGCACACGACUCAAAUGGCAGUGCUGCAGUUGUGUUUCUGUAUUAUAAGAGCAUUGGCCCCUUGCUUUCCUCAUCUGACAACUUCUUAAUGGAGACUCAGAAUUAUGAUGGUUCUGAAGAGGAGGGAAAAGUCAUCUCUUCUGUAAUCUCUGCCUCAAUUAGUUCAAAUCCACCCACAUUAUAUGAACUUGAAAAAGUAACAUUUACACUGAGUCACAUGAAGGUCACAGACAAGUACUGGACUCAAUGUGCAUUUUGGAGCUACUUGCCGGACACCAUGAAUGGAAGCUGGUCGUCCGAGGGCUGCGAGCUGACUCACUCAAAUGACACUCACACUUCGUGUCGUUGUUACCACCUGACACAUUUUGCGAUUUUGAUGUCUUCUGGUACUUCCAUUGGUAUUAAAGAUUACAAUAUCCUUACUAGAAUCACUCAACUAGGAAUAAUUAUUUCGCUGAUUUGUCUUGCCAUCUGCAUUUUUACCUUCUGGUUCUUCAGUGAAAUUCAAAGCACCAGGACGACAAUACACAAGAACCUCUGCUGCAGCCUGUUCCUGGCUGAGCUCGUCUUUUUGGUUGGGAUUAACAUAAACACAAACAAGCUCUUCUGCUCCAUCGUGGCUGGUCUGCUGCACUACUUCUUCCUGGCUGCCUUCGCAUGGAUGUGCAUUGAAGGCAUCCACCUUUACCUCAUCGUGGUGGGAGUCAUCUACAACAAGGGGUUCUUGCACAAGAAUUUCUAUGUCUUUGGCUAUCUCAGCCCUGCUGUGGUGGUUGGAUUCUCAGCAUCGUUAGGAUACAGAUACUACGGCACCACCAAAGUAUGUUGGCUGAGCACAGAAAACAACUUUAUUUGGAGUUUCAUAGGACCAGCAUGUCUAAUCAUUCUUGUUAACCUCUUGGCUUUUGGAGUUAUCAUAUACAAAGUUUUUCGUCAUACUGCUGGGUUGAAACCAGAAGUCAGUUGCUAUGAGAACAUAAGGUCUUGUGCCAGAGGAGCCCUUGCUCUCUUCUUCCUUCUUGGCACCACAUGGAUCUUUGGGGUUCUCCACGUGGUGCAUGCCUCCGUGGUGACAGCCUACCUCUUCACCGUCAGCAAUGCCUUCCAAGGGAUGUUUAUCUUCUUGUUCCUGUGCGUUUUGUCUAGAAAGAUUCAAGAAGAGUACUAUAGAUUGUUCAAAAAUGUCCCCUGUUGUUUUGGAUGUUUGAGAUAAACAUAGAGAUCUAUGGAUAAUUAUAGCUACAGAGAAAUGAGAUAUCCAAGCUGUGGACAACUCAUGCAUAAAAAUGACUCCAUCUUAUCAUCUUGUUAUAUACUUAGUAAAGUAGCCACAUGUUUUCAAUCCACUUUUCUGUUCACAGUGUAAGAGGUGUAGAUAAUGUGAGGUGAUGGUAUGAACCAGCGGUGGCAUGUUUGCCUACAUGACAUAUUUAGCUAUGUCAAAAAUUGAACUGUAGAUAUUUAGAAUGUAAUUGGCUUCUCAGGAGUGAUAUUGCUGUACCCAAGGAAAGAUUUUCUUUCUAAUACAAGAAAUAUAUGAAUGUCCUGAAGGAAACCACUGGCUUGAUGUUUUUGUGACUCAUGUUGCCUUUGAAACGAGUCCCCUACCACCGUAGUAAUGAGCUCCGUUAUGGGACGUGGAACUGAAGACAGUGAAGGACACACAUCAAGCAGUGCAAAGGGAGGAAGCGGCUGGCAGAGCAAUGCAGCGGGCUCUGAGUAAACGUGUUUUUCUGAGAGCUAGAUGAGAAACUUUUGAGAUUAAAUAAAGAAUUAAAUAAAUACAUUUUACCAUUCUGA